GUAGUUGUAUUUUCCUGCAUACACCACGACUCUAGAAAACCCCAAAAAGAAAAAUGUGGACGUGGUGAAAAAUAGCCACCAAAUCACAAGUACUAGCUAUAGAACGGUUAGUAUUAGUAAAUUAACCAUGUCUAAUUCGACUAACUCCACCGAAUCCGCGUUCGAAGACAGCAUACCUCCUAUCCGAAUUUCAGUAUGGACUCCGUUGAUUUAUACGGCCAUUUUACUUUCAUUAUUUAUCACAUUCUCCGUAGUAUAUCGUCGAAAUCGAAUCAAUAAAUUGAGUAAAAUCGAAUCUAUAUUUGGAGAAAAUCAUCCUAAAAAGUUAUAUGAGUUUCUUAAAGAUCCUGAGAAUAAACCUCAUGAAAAAGUCUUAAAGGCAGCAUUAUUAAGAAGAUGUGUAGAAGCUGUUAGAAGAACUAUGAAAUUAAAGGAACAUCAACCAAUUUAUGUUAAAUUAUAUCAAGAUGGAUUAAUUGGAGAUGAUAUUUAUAAGCAAUUUGAAAUCGAAUUAAAAUUACAAGAAUUGGAAUUUAAAGAAAUUGUAAUGGAAUGUGAAACUUAUAAGAAAGGUUGGUCAACUACAUUUAUACCAUUAACUCAAGAAAUAUGUUUUAAUGAAGCUUUAAGAAGAAGAGUAUAUAGUAUGGAUGAUAGAUCUGAAAGUUUAAGUGAAUUAUGGGAUUACUUUGGUGACAAGGUUGAGCCACCCACAGAAGUCAUUGACGAUACUAAAUCGGCUAAGAAGAAAAAGGAAAAGGUUAAAGCUUCCAAGUAAAUAAAUUAGAAAGUAAGUAAGUAAGUAAGUAUGUGGUUUAUCUAUCCAUGUAUGUAGUCACUGUAUACUAUAGAUAUCAUAAUUUAUAUAUAGAU